AUGGACGUUUGCGUGAAGCUUCAUGUCGAUCAGCUGGAAUCAACUCAUAGGCGUUCGUUGGACCUGGGAAGAGAUGGGGAUGUAGUCGACCUACGGCAAACUGAGACACAAACAACUGCCAUGGUUGAUGAUGGUUCCGGUGUAGUUUCAAUUGAUUGUACCGAGUUGUACAAAGUUUAUGACAAGUACAAAGAUACAUGGCGACUGGCCAAGGGAAUGUACGUGAUGGCGCAAGGUAUUUUGAGCAAGGACGCGGAUCAAAGACUCCACGUGAUCUGCACCAAGAUCGCUGAUCUAUCAGCAAACCCCGAUCGAUUUGCCAUGUGGAUGUGUGAGGUGGUAGAUGCAGAUAGAUUCAAGGACCAGUUACUGGCUUAA